AUGACCGCACUAAUGAACAACAUAAUCGAUUCGAGUGACAAAAGCAGGACUUUACGAGGAUAUGCAGUUCCCAGGGGGUUACACAGGCGCAGUGAAGAGCUGGAUGAUGCCGUUCAUGAUGACGAAGCGGAUUUCGAUGAGCGGUUUAGCUGGGAGAAGAGCUCGAUGGAGUUUGAGCCAGGCACCGAGGAUCUUGAUACUGGGGUGGAGGAUAGCAGGGCAUGGCUUGAAGAGUUAGCUGUAAAGGAGGAAAGGAAAGGUUCGCUCUUGAUUGCUGAUAUGGGGAAGUGGGCGUGCGAAACAUAUCAAAGAGAGAUCCUACAAAUGCGGACCGUCAAACCAGGCAUGAAUACCACUAUUCUCGACCAGAUCCGCAAGGGCGAGUAUCCUCAUGAGAAGAAGGUUGAAGAUCUGCUCGCUCCGCUACGAGUACAGGAACUACCACCCGGGACAGAAGAGUCGCAGAAAGAUAUGAUUAAAGUCACGCUUGACUGGAACAAGCGCGUUUCCAGACAAGAGGAAAACGCUGAAGCGCGACAGGAUUUCAUCGCUGCCUUGAAGGAGAGGACAAAGGCUGUUGACAAGGUCCUCGCUAUUGUAGGAGACGAAACCAACAUUGACCAGUUCGACAGGGUAGGUCAAAGCGGCAUUCUUGAGCCUUCUCAAUGCGGACUCUUAAGAGCCAUCCAUGUGUACCGCCCGGAAACCAGAACAUUCAAGCACCAGAAUCCGUUCGACAUGUUGCUCCUCAUGUGGGCGCAUCUACAGAAUCCAGACCUUACUGUUGAGGAUGACUGGAUUUAUCUGUCGUACAAGGUCUUAAAUGGAGAGGAAGAGCUGGAGAUUCGAUUCGAGCGUGAAGAACAGGAGCGCAGAUUCCAGGAAAUGAGAGAAGAAGCGAUGCGACAAGGUGACCAGGUUGGACUGAUACUCUGUACUAAGCGAUGGAAAGCCUACAAUAGAAAGAUUGCAGAAACUGCGCGCCAAAAUACCAUUUCCAAGAUACGCUAUAUAUGCGGCGAGGUGAGGAAGAUGGAGCUGGAUGGAUUACUUGGUCUUAGCAUCCUACAGUCCGCACAGCAAUGUGCAGCGCGAAACGUUCUUCCAAAAGACAGGAUCCCGCCAUGGACGCAAAUGCUAGAUAAAUGUGACAAAGCAGACGAAGGGCUGGAUGAGAAGUUCGAGAAGUGUUUUCCGGAUUUGGAGGCUGUCUCCGAAGUAACAUCAAACCGUGUCCGAGAGAUGGCGACAACCCACGACAUGGUCUUGACGCGCACACUCAAGUUUGCUGGCGCAGAUCUCGUGGGAAUGGAUGAUGCGGCAAAGGAGCACGUGAUUCAAGCACGGCUGACUGAUCCUGUGACGGCGGGCCUGAUGAAGCAGACGUUGUUCGAUGUGUUGGAAAUGCAAGUAGUUGCCGCGCAGAUGCUCAGACAUGUCCGCGUGAUGGAUGACUCAUUGAAUGAGUUGUUAAAAGCGACAAAGGCAAAGUGUGAAGAGGUUGAAAAGUUGACGCUUGUGGCUGAUUAUGACGAGAGAGUGGAAAGUGGAUAUGUGGAAGAAAUGGAAGGGGUGGAUAUUGAGGAGGCGGAAUUUGCGUAG